AGAUGUAGCCGGGACUGUACUACAGCCAGGAACAAUGUCAACACAUACAGUUAAGGCACAUGCAAAAAAAAGAAAAGUAGCUGCAGGUAUUUACAUCUCUACUUAUUAUUAUUAUUAUUAUUAUUUUUUCUAUUUGCAGUGAUGUUUUUUUGGAAUGAUGGCCGGUAUACAAAAAAAUAAAAUAAAAUAAAAAUUCACGAUCUAAUAUACAUCACUUCUCAAUACAUAAAAAAAAAAAACUUCAUUGUGCCUCCAUGUUGGACUACUGUAGUUAGUGACAGGGGUUAAGUGUGCUAUUCCAAUAAUUAUGGAUUGUCUGUUGCCUCGACAUUUUAGUGGAAACCCAGGAAACCGUGUUAUUGGUUUGCAACCAACACUUGUUGACCAUAACUGACAUUAUGAAGUAUCAGUGCAAUGCCAGUAUGCAAGGCUGAAUUCACUUCUAAAUAUUAUGAUGUUUGAUACAUUGCAUUGAACCAUGGUACAUGGUACAAUAAUCAAGUUGUGUCAUUUGAUGUGAUCCAUCAUUUACUUUAUGAUUCCUUUUUAUUUUUAUGUAUAGAAGAUGGUACUGAUUACAAGUUCUGUUUUUGCAAAAUGGUAAGUCCUACCAGAGUAGUCUUAAGUUAAUAUGUAGACAUUUCUUGAUUGAAAAAACUAUGACUUAAGGCCAAGGUGUCAAUCCCAUGAGCAGUCUUUUCCAUGCCCUGUCAUCUCGGUGCACCAAUAGGAAUAUAAACCUGUCAUAUAGCUCGUAACACUCUUUUUAUUGUAUAACAGGAUAAUUUUAUUUUCCAACAGGAGAAAUCAAAACCUGAGGAAGACAACAUGAUUGUAUGCGAGAACAGAAAACGACAAAAAAAAACCAAGGUAAUUACUUAAAGUAGAUUUUCCACAAACAUUUAGGUGCAGAUUUUUUGUUCAAAAAGUAUCAUUUUAAGUUGAAAUAAGCAUAAGCAAUUUUAAGAACUAGCUCAUUAGUUGAUGAAUAACAAACCAAGACGGAAUCCACGAGGAAAGUGGGUAUAAUUUCAAUUUUAAUUUUAAUUUAACGCAUAUUGCAUUCUUUUUACAUUUUUUAAGAAAAUUUUUUCUGGGAGCCCUAGAAAGUGAAUGUUAACUUUCAAAAACUUACAUCUUACAUAUGAAAAUUCCAUAAAAUGUUUUCACAAAUCUUGUGAAAUUUAAAAUUUCUUUGGUGUUAUUACAGAUAACUAAUUAAAUCUUUAACCCUUGAAAAAUUUUAAAUUUUAAUCUGCAUUACCUCAACAACAUGUAAUUAAUGUGAUGCAAAAAGAUUAUUGACAAGUUCUAAUACACGCUUAAUAUGAUAUAUUUUCAGUGUCCAGGAAAUCGCUAUUAUCACUUGCAAUGCCUUAACCUGGAAGAAGUGCCAGAAGAAAAUCCAUGGUUAGUUUGCAACUAGUCAAGUGUAAUUGACUCUAGGCUAGGAAGGUCAAUAUUAAAUAUAAUUUUUAAGAGAAAAUUAAGCUAACGGUUUUUUGAGUUGGGUAAGCAAAGGUCCUAAAAUUAGGACAAUCAGUAGUAUCUAUUAAUUGACGGAAAACAAUUUAGUAUAUUACUGUAAAGAAAAUAGCAGACGGACACUCCUUUUUUUUCGUCAAAACUACUUGUAAAGAAUUGGCCAAUUCCAACCAUGUUAAAUAAAAGCACAUACAUAAUCAUUUUUACAUGAAAAUAUGUUGGUGUGAUAAAAAUAGUUAUGAGUGAAAGUAAAGAAAAUUUCAUGUGUUUUACAGCAUCUCUUGCCACUCAAAUUCGUCUACCCUCUAAGCCAACCCUUGAACAUGCCAUCUUGGCUCUGAGAGAAAGGGGAACAGUUUGCCUCUAAAACAAAUUAAAUAAUCUCUUGCCUUGUACUUUUCAGGUUCUGCCCUCUCUGCAAGGAAAGACUGCAAACUUAGCUAACGGCAAUGUUUAG